AUGAGUUGGCAGCAGAAGGCGGUAGUCCCGGUCACUUGUGACGACCAAGAUGAUAAAACUACAGAUUCUCGAAACGAAAUGACGGGUGAUAGCAGGAUUCUUCAGUACAUUAAGACAUUGACACACCACCAUAUGAACGCAAAGCAGCAACGGAUGGAUCGAUAUCUUCAACAAGUCAAGCACACGAAGCCUGUAAAAGACUUUUCUGUAACAAGACUUUCGAAGCCUCUUCAAUAUCCAUCAACAAGUGGAAUGCAGCAUCAACCAAUGGACAAGAAAUUACAGUCAAAAGUCAAGUCUAGACGCACUACUAAAGGUUGGAAGAACGACCGAGCACAUGUGGCUACGACCACAAGGUCUCGAUCAAAACGUCCACAUGGUAAAAGUCAAGAAUAUCGACAGCUUAAGUCAAAACAAGCACAGCACAUUACAGCAAGUGAAUCACUGGAUCGAUUCAGACUUCACGGGGCCUGGUCACAUAAGUCCAAGACAAGUGUUGACGAAGAAUAUUCAAGCAACAGGAUACAUCAUGAUCCUACUGGAAACAAGUAUGUCCAACCAGUUGAGAGACAACAACAGCCACAAGCUGCGAGCACUGGGUUCAGCACCAUAAGCACGGACAGGGAACGGCGUCCUGUUCAGGAAGUCAAGCGACAUUCGGCUAAGACGCAAGCAGCAUUGGCUCAAACUCAAGCAUCGUGCAGCAGCUUGAUCCAGCCCGUCUGUUCUCAGUCAACGAAGGAAGUGCAACCAAGAAACUUUGGCUAUGACUAUCUUUCUCAGCAGGAAGAUUUCAUCCCAACCUACGACCCUCUCGUUACAAUCAUGGAAUCGAUAUACUUUUAA